AUGCCAUUCACACACAUCAACCGCCGCCCCACUCCCCACCCCCACGCCCGCAUCCCAACUGAGCCUCGAGCCUUCCACCGCUCAGCUCAAAGAGCCACUCUCCUCUCUCGGCGGCAGAAGAAGCGAUUGAGGGAUAUCGCAAGGGAAGGAUUGGCGGUGCUGAAGGCAAAGGCACGGAAGGCACGGGAGGAGGACUUGAAGGUGUGCUGGGCGUUUUUGAAGGAGGUUGACAAGUAUGUUCCGCGUGUCGGGUGUGGUGGGUAUGGUGGUGAGGCCGGGGAGAGGAGAAAGGAGGAAGUGAAGGGGUAUAUGAGCUGGGAGGAGUUCAAGGAGGAGGAGGAGAAGAAGAACUAUGAGGCGGAUUGUGAGGAUAAUGGGGUUAGGCAGUCGGAGAAGGAUGAGAUGGAAGUGAGUGAGGGAGGAGGAGGAGGAGGAGGAGGAUGA